AUGCGGGUGCACAGAGUGGAUGGUUGGUGUGGUCGGGCAUCAAAGCAGAAAUUAGAAGAUAAAGACUCCAAGAAUAAAGCAGAAAAUAAAAAAACAAAGGGGAAAAAAGAAGACACUACAGGCACUGAAGAAAAAUCUCCAGCAACUAAGAAAGUAAAAAAGAAGAAGGAAGAAGAUAACAAAGACAAAGAAGUUAAAAAGAAGUCCAAAGAAUCUACGGGGGGUAAAAAGGAGACAACAAUAUCACGCUUCAGUGCCACAAAAACUUCCAAACAAAAAACAGAAUCAGAGAAGGAUUCAGAGGAGGAAAAGGUUGUCAAAAAGGCAAAAAAGAAGGAGGUGAAUAAAACAGAAUCAGAGAACAACAACAAACAGAAAAAGACAAAAGGAACUAAAAGUGACCUUCAAAGCAAAAAUAAUGAAGUCAAAACUAAGAAGAAAGAUACCGGAAGCAUGUUCCAAGCAAACGGCGAGAAAAAAGACAAAAGUAAAAAGAAAGGUACAGCAGGCAGUGAUAAAGAUUCAGACUCUAGUUCAAAGCCUUUAAAAUCUGAAAAGAAAAAUACAGCUUCAAUGUUUAAGUCCAAAAGCGAAGGAACUACAGACAAAAAAGAGAAGAAAAAAGCCUCUUCAAAGGGUGAUGAGGAAGAAGAAGAAGGGGCAGUGAAGAACACCAAUAAAAAAGGCAAGAAGGGAAAGAAAUCCAAAAAGAAGGAAGAACGUCCCCCCUCUCCAGUCAUUGAAGUGGAUAAUCUGGAAGAAUUUGUACUACGACCAGCACCUCAGGGGGUCACCAUCAAAUGCAAAGUAACACGGGAUAAAAAAGGAAUGGACAGGGGAUGGUACCCAACCUAUUAUGCACACCUGGAUAAUGAGAAGAAGGUUUUUCUAUUAGCUGGAAGAAAGCGUAAGAAGAGUAAGACCUCCAACUACCUUAUUUCUAUUGAUGCCACAGAUCUGUCACGGGGAGGAGAGAAUUUCAUUGGGAAGCUAAGAUCUAACCUGAUGGGUACAAAAUUUACAGUGUUUGACAAUGGUGCAAACCCGGAAAAAGCCAAUUCUGACUGGUCCAAUGUACGGCAGGAGCUCGCAGCAGUUGUUUAUGAAACAAAUGUCUUGGGUUUUAAAGGUCCUAGGAAAAUGACAAUGUUAAUACCAGGAAUGGAUGAAGAAUGUGAAAGGGUGCCCAUCCGUCCACGCAAUGACAAUGAUGGGCUACUCCACCGAUGGCAGAGCAAGAACAUGGAGAAUGUAAUUGAACUGCACAAUAAGAGCCCUGUGUGGAAUGACGAAACACAAUCCUAUGUGCUCAACUUUCAUGGGCGUGUUACCCACCCUUCUAUCAAAAACUUUCAAAUUGUCCAUUCUGAUGAUCUUGAUUAUAUCAUCAUGCAGUUUGGUCGCGUAGCUGACGAUGCAUUCACAAUGGACUAUAAGUAUCCCAUGUGUGCAGUUCAAGCUUUUGCUAUUGCACUGUCCAGUUUUGAUGGAAAAUUAGCAUGUGAAUGA